UAGUAACUCCUUCAGUUUUGCCCACACAUUUCGGUUGAAAGCAUCAUCGUCAGCUCUCCUCUCCUCUUCCAACUCAUUCCAGAGGUCACGGAAUAUAGGAGGUAAUAAUCUGAAUGACGUUUGAGUACUUGCAGCGGUUGUACCACCUAGAGAGAAUCCUUCCAGCGACGGGAAUGUUAUAGAAUGCAGGGCGACAGUCGAUAUGUAAUGUUCAGCCUGGAACAUGUCGUGACAUGCUAUAUCCUCCAUGACCCACUCCUUCACACGAUCUCCUCCCCAGCGAAUGAAUACAGCCGCUCGUUUGGCACGACUACUUCCAGAAGCACAUCGAUAACUGAUGACGGCGAAUCGAUCAGACUUGUGCACAGACUCUUGGAGCAAAUGCUUUGGCGUUCGUCCAGAGAAAUGUUUCGGAAGUGACAUGUCGCGAACGAUAAUUGUACUGCCAGUUUCUGAUAUCUCACUGUCAGGCAUUGCUUCCAAAAGACCAAAUAUUCCGCCUGCAGAAGCCUCGUCUUCUUCGGCAUCGAAUAUAUCGGGCGACCCAGGGGGUGGUGUGGAUGGGAGCGAUUGUGUUAACGGAGGCUUGCUUGGUGGCUUCUCAGUUGCCUUUUGCGUAGCUCCUGCAAGAACGAAACGUCAUGCCUUGGUGCUCCUACUCUUCUGGCAAGUCAAGAGAUGCCCCGCUACUGGACGUGGACGUCCUGUCCUCUUCGAACGCAGGUGGUUCGAGAGGCCUGUCCGUGGGAUUCGCAGCAUUCACAUCAAGACGGAAUCUAUGUCCAUUCGGAGUAGUUGGAGUGGUUGGUGGGGAGGUGGAUAUCUGAGUAGACGCACAGGAAGUGUGUCGUCUAUUCAUUCGUUGAUUAGGCUGCGUAAUCCUGGAUGUUGAAGUGGAAGUGGAUGGUUCCAGGUCUGCUCCGGGAGACGCUAUUUAUCACCUCAGAAUAUAACCCUGCAUAGUCUGACCAUAGUCACUUACGAGGCUUUAAACCCAAUUCGUCUUCGCUGCAAUGAACAUGAAGCUGCAAUACUACGUCAGAU